UGGCGGGCCGCGCCUGCGCUCUGCCCCGUUUCCUGCCUGGCUGGUGGCGGUGGCCAUUUUGUUCAUCCUCCUCCUCCUCCUGCUCCUCCUGGUUGGAGCGCAGUGUCCGGAGCGGGCUGGGGGGAGAGAGCCCGAGAGCAGGGUUCGGUGGCUUUUCCUCUGUCCCCAGCCAGUGCCCGGAGCCCCCCUCCCCUUCCUCCCCACCCCCUCCCCUCCCCAGCCCUGCCCUCCCCCUUGUCCCGGGAUCGCUCCGUCGCACCCACCAUGAUGGAAGACGACGGGCAGCCCCGGACUCUAUACGUAGGUAACCUCUCCAGAGAUGUGACAGAAGUCCUUAUCCUUCAGUUAUUCAGUCAGAUCGGACCCUGUAAAAGCUGUAAAAUGAUAACAGAGCAACCCGAUAGCAGAAGGGUCAACUCUUCUGUUGGAUUUUCUGUUUUGCAGCAUACAAGCAAUGACCCAUAUUGCUUUGUGGAAUUUUAUGAACACAGAGAUGCAGCUGCUGCAUUAGCUGCUAUGAAUGGGAGAAAAAUUUUGGGAAAGGAGGUCAAAGUAAACUGGGCAACAACACCAAGUAGCCAGAAAAAAGAUACUUCCAAUCACUUCCAUGUGUUUGUUGGGGAUUUGAGUCCAGAAAUUACAACAGAAGAUAUCAAAUCAGCAUUUGCCCCCUUUGGUAAAAUAUCGGAUGCCCGAGUAGUUAAAGACAUGGCAACUGGAAAAUCCAAAGGCUAUGGUUUUGUAUCUUUUUAUAACAAACUGGAUGCAGAAAAUGCAAUUGUGCAUAUGGGAGGUCAGUGGUUGGGUGGUCGUCAGAUCAGAACUAACUGGGCCACACGUAAACCACCUGCACCUAAAAGUACACAAGAAAAUAACACUAAGCAGUUGAGAUUUGAAGAUGUAGUAAACCAGUCAAGUCCAAAAAAUUGUACUGUGUACUGUGGAGGAAUUGCCUCUGGGUUAACAGAUCAGCUUAUGAGACAGACUUUCUCACCAUUUGGACAAAUUAUGGAAAUAAGAGUUUUUCCAGAGAAAGGCUAUUCAUUUGUCAGAUUUUCAACCCACGAAAGUGCGGCCCAUGCCAUUGUUUCGGUGAAUGGCACUACAAUUGAAGGACAUGUUGUUAAAUGCUAUUGGGGUAAAGAAUCUCCUGAUAUGACUAAAAACUUCCAACAGGUUGACUAUAGUCAGUGGGGGCAGUGGAGCCAGGUUUAUGGAAACCCACAACAGUAUGGACAGUAUAUGGCAAACGGGUGGCAAGUACCACCUUACGGAGUAUACGGGCAACCGUGGAACCAGCAAGGAUUUGGAGUAGAUCAAUCACCUUCUGCUGCUUGGAUGGGUGGAUUUGGUGCUCAGCCUCCCCAAGGACAAGCUCCUCCCCCUGUAAUACCUCCUCCUAACCAAGCUGGAUAUGGUAUGGCAAGUUACCAAACACAGUGAGCUGGGACUCUAAACAAAAUUGUAAUUCAUGAUAGCUUCAGUUUCCUGUGACACUCUGAAGACAUGAAAGUAGACAUCGGAAAAUGAAAAUAUUUAUUUUAAAAAUUGAAAUGUUUGGAACCUUUAGCACAGCUUUGCUUUGGUGAAGGACACAUGUCUUCUAGUUCUGCCUUUUUAAGUUUUUGUUCAUGAUGGAUAUGAACAUGAUUUUUCUUUGUGUACAAAAACUAAAAUAAAGUCAAUAAAGACAA